AUGGAGCCAAGUCGGUGCUCGAUUAUAAUAGUUGAUCGGAGUCUUCCCGAAAGAAGUUAUCUUGCACACCAAAACAUUCCUGAACCAUAUAUAACAAAUGGGAUAGUCAACGGCAAAGAUGAUUGUACCAAAGAUUUAGAUAUAUUCAAAGUAUUAAGCGGGUUGUUUGCAGAAGUUACCUCUGUCAAAUCAGGCACUGAAGCUCUCACACGUCUGCGCAAACGUCCACGUCUUGGCGGCAUUCCAACAAUAAUUAUAAUAGAUAUUGAUCACGAGGAUAACCGUGAGUACAUACGGCGAGAAUCAUAUGUUCUCGACGUUACCAAUGGCGUGCCGAUGAAACCGCUUAGUAACGGGAGUGUAUUGUACGGCACUUCGUUGUUAAAGUGUGUCAACGAUGAAAUCCGGAAAGGAUCCUUGGAUCAAGUCAUUCCUAUUGUUUGUUCGUGGGGUGAUUCCUUCGAAUCAAUGACAAAUUGCUUGAAUAUGGGAGCUGUUGAUUAUUUAAUAAAACCUGUUAGGCCAGAAGUGGCAAAAACUCUUUUUCUGAAUAUAUAUCGUGCCGAUUCGAUGGUAAAGACUUCAGGAACGGGCAUGGCGCUAGAGUGCAAAAGACCAAUAAUGCGACGAAGCAAAAAUUGGGAUUGUUUAAAGACCAGGUUACACGCAGUAUUUGUCGAGGAUAAGUGGCUCACCGAAGCUCUGUUCGAAUAUUAUUCUCCGCCCGAUUCUGUGUUAGCUACAUCUUACUUUCCAAGUCUGGACUCUGCUGCAGCACUCGAGCGAAUGAAUUAUCUAAAGAAGCAAAUUUCAGAGUGGGAAUUUCCUCCUCCAGAUCUGACAGACGAGGAUCUUCUUCGAUGUGCAGUGAUCAUGUUUGAACACGUUUUAAGCAUGGACGAGCUUUCGCAUUUGGAUGUGUCAACCGAACAAUUGCAUCGAUUUUUGUUGGCCAUUCGACAGUCUUACCAUGAUAGCAACCCAUAUCACAACUUUUGCCAUGCGGUCGAUGUCCUUCAAGCUAUGUUUCACUUUCUGUGUAAAAUGGGUCUCAUACCGCCAAUUUUCACCAGCAACAAACGAUUUAGCAAUCGUAGCGUGAAUCAACAAAGUCGACGAGUCAGCGACUUGCUCAGACCGGCUGAUAUUUUUGCGUUAUUGUUGGCUUCUAUUGGACAUGACAUUGGUCACCCUGGAGUAAACAACAAAUUUUUGGUCGACGCACGUACGCCAUUGGCUCAGCUAUACAACGAUAGAUCGGUCCUUGAGAGUUUUCAUGCAAUGGCAUUAUUUAAUCUGAUGGAUAAAUACAAAUUUCAUAUAUUCCAGGAUGAAGACAAAUCUGGUAAUGACUAUGCAGAAUUCCGAAAAAUCGUCUUGAACGCAAUUCUCGCGACUGAUAUGGGCUUGCACAACGAGUAUGUCACAAAAAUAAAAAACUUGACUUCCCGAUUUACACAGACAGGUUUUGUCACAAGUUCUCCAGAGAGUUUGGAGCAAGAACGAAUCAUAAUCGUGGGUGCUCUCAUCAAAUGUGCUGAUAUCAGUAAUACGGCAAGACCUUAUCACAUUGCGGAAGGGUGGGCUACCGUGUUACUGGAGGAAUUUGGUUGUCAAGGCGAUCUGGAGAAAUUACUUGGGUUACCCGUCGGACCAACAAACGAUAGAGAGAACGUGUCACAGCCAGGCUCCCAACUAAGUUUCAUUGAAGCAUUUGCCAUGCCUUUGUUUAGCUGUGUUUCCGAAUUAAUACCUGAAAUGAGUUACUAUAUUCGCUUCCUUAGCCAAAAUCUUAACACGUGGAGGAGGAAAAAGCAGGAAGAAAAUGAAGGCCGUUCAACAAGACAAAACAGUGAGUUGGACUCGAGUGUAACAGUCUCUCUCGACAGCAGACAAAACUCGCCCAUAGUUCCAAUACCGGUUCCCGCCGCCAAAACUCUCGAACGCGAUUCAAGCAUGACUAUUAUCCGCCCUAUUCCAUCCGAAGGCCUCGUAUCCGAAGCACUGUCCGAGGACGCCAAGUCAACUACGCGCGAUGAUCUCGUGUCUACGGGAGCAUCCGACUUUCCACUAACGUCGCGACAUCGAAAAAAGAAAAGACUUGGAUGGAAUCCGUUUAAAAAAAUAAAAUGGAUGUCCCACUCGGGGGCAAACAAUAAUGCGAUGGACGAUAGCAAUAGUCAGACUAUAAAUUCUACAGUGUCUAGCGACAAGCGCGCCGGGACGGGUUGUUGCUGUGUACAGUAA